AUGGCUUUGAAGUGUAGUACUGUUGUUUUGUUGGUGGCUCUUUACAUGGUGGCAUUACACGCUGGACUCCCUGACAGGCUCCCAGAUGGCGAGGUGUUUCGGGACACCCUGUUACCCCCCAUGAUCCCUAAGGAGUGGUCCGCCACCCCUCGACUCCAGACCGACACUUACACCGUUCUAAAUAUCCUGUACAAACGACACUUUACAACUGAAGAGAACAUGACCACCACCAAGACCGAACAGACUUUGACCCAGACAACCCAAGAUGAUGCUACACCUAGCUUUGAAUUCCUGCGGACCCGUGUGGCUGACCUCCAGACUUUGGAGAAUGCUGGAGUGAGUGAGAUUGUAUGGAGGAGGCUGGUUCGAUUGAUUAAUGAGACUGAAGACCAAAAGCUGGAGACAGCAGGUUCUGUGAUGUUGGGUCUCUCCUGUGUCUUGGGAGGACUGGGCCUGCUACUGAAGAUCAGUUUGAAAGGCCUCCUACAGGUACAGUGAUGUGAAGGGACACUGGGGCUAGGAGGGGGUCUGAGAAAGGCUUUGGGAAAACACCACAAUGUUAUACUUGCAUUUUACCUGAAUGAAAAUAUGAUCCUGUUUUCCUACUGAGACUAAUGGCCUAAACUCAUCAAAGGCGAGUGUGCGAGGCGUGUGUGAUUUAUUUUAGAAUGCAUUGUUUUGAAUUAUAAUGACCCAACCGAAGCUGGGCGGGUGGGUUGUCCGCUUUGAUGCCUCACUUAAUUAGAACUUGUCUCUAUUUUUGCCUUUUAUCGCUGGUGCUGUAGUCACACAAAACAAUAAUUAACUUUUUUUCAAACUCAUUUGAAUUGGAAGAGGUAGCUAAGGGUUGAGGCUUUACCAUACAUGCUAAAUUAGACCAAUUCAUCCACUUAUGGAAACACAACAUCACUAUCAACAAAGAUGAUUGGAGAUAUGGACUGUCCUGCUAGCAUACAGUCACUGCUCUGCCUGUCUUAUCCACCCACCUUGCUCUGCUUGCGCCACCCGCCUGCUUCUGGUGAGUUUUUCACUUAAGAGCCAUGUUUUUUUUCCCCUCAGGCCAUGGUUGCUUUGGAGCUUGAUGUUGACCAGGACAAGAUGAAGGGAGCUGGUCAGACAGACUCCUGUACUGAUGCUGCAGCUACUCCAGUGUUGACCUCUAAGAACAGUGGCUCUAGCAAGAAGACAGGUCGACUCUCCAAGAGGGGACACCACUGA